AGUUUAAUACUGUAUUAUGUUUAGUGAGUAUUUGUUUUUAAGCAUUUCAUGAAUGUGUAUUAUCUGCAAGCUGCUAAACAUAAUUUUGGAUUUUGCAGCUCUGAGAAACUUGUUGAUGAUCAAAUAAGUAUUGCUGUCAAGACAAAAGAAGAACUUAUUAACCAGAGAAUUGCCAUGAAAGCAAUCCAGACUAAAAUGACAACAUUAGUUAAUCGUUUUCCUGUUAUUAACAGUAUAAUCCAAAGGAUCAAUCUUAGGAAAAGAAGGGACUCUAUUAUUUUGGCAAUAGUCAUCAGUAUUUGCUUGAUUUUGUUCCUUAUAUACACAUUUCAUUGAUUGAAAUAUCAGUACUGAGUUUUUGAAACUAAUCAUUUAUUUAUCUUAAUAUGUGACAUAAAUUUAUAUGUGUUUCUAUCAUUAUUUUAUUGUCUGAUUUUGUGUAUAAAAAUUAAUAAAAUUGUAACAUUUCUAUUU